AUGGUGACUCUUCUGUCGAAUGCUCACCUGUCGUAUUUCAUUACUGUUUGCCGUUUCCACCAUUGCUCAAUAGGGUUGUUUACGAAUGUUGUUUUGCCUAUUCCUGGGUCUCCUAUUAUUAGAUAUAAAUCUGUCGUGCUGCUCCUGUCUUUUGCAGUUGUGAUUGUUCUUCACGUUGCUUUUCGUUUCCUUGAAGGUGGUUGA